AUAGCAAACUUAAGAAAUGUUAAAAGAAACACAAAAGAGAAAACAAAAUCUUGGACUAUUUAUAAAUAUAGAAAAGUAGAAUCCUCAGACAGUAACGCUUUACAUAAAUUAUAUGAAUAAAUACAAGGCACGUGAUCGAGUUGCGUCAAUUACGUAAAAAUAAGAAAUGUCGAAAAGUUGCCUUAAACGAUAAAAGAGUCUUGUUUAAUCCAAAUUAUGUGCCUUUUUUACUUUUUUAUUCGAUUAGUAAAGCAACGAAUAAAUAGAUAAAUAAACAAAUAAAUAAUAUAGGCUAGGAUGCGUACAAUUGGGAAAUAAACUUUUCAACGUUUUUCAUGAGACAAAUAGAGGAACUAAUUGAAACGUUGGAUGAGGCGUCAGCAGCAUUUAUAAAUAAACAAUACCAAACAGCUUGUAAUAAAUAUAAAGUAGCUGUACAAUUAUUUACAAGCUUAAAUCCAAAUGUAAAAGAUAAUAUUCAACAUACAACAGAGUAUCUAUUAUGUAUAAUUUUAUUAGAGUCCAAUACAUUCCACAAUAUAAUAGAAGCGUUAAAAACUCUUAUAAAUUUAGAAAAAUCUAUUGGAAAGUCCUAUCCAGCUGUUUAUUAUGCCAUAGCAAAAGCAUAUAUUCAAUUGUACAGGUUUAAUUUUGCUAUUAGUACAAUUAACAAGGGACUUGCUAUUUUAAAUGAAGGGACACAUUUUCCAAUCCAGUAUGUACCUAUGACGUCUACUAUUAUAAAUGAAACAACAAAAGAAGGUUUAUUGAUUUCAUUAAUGGAUUUACAAGAAAAAGCUUCGAGUUGGCAUUGUCCAAAUGCAAAAUGUUUCUUAGAAUACUGUCAGAAUAAUAUUCCACAUUGUUCACCGUGUAAAGAUAUAUUUUUCAGUGACCCAGCUUUUUCUGGCUUAGUUGUUAUCACAUGUAGCAAUGCAAGUAAUCCUUGCAAAUUGAACUUUCAUCCAGUUUGUUGGAAAUUUCAAAAAAGCAAACUAUGUAUAGUAAACAAACUUUCAGAUAAGGAUAUGAUAGGUCGCUCAUGUUUUACAUCAAACUGUGGAACUGAAGAUAGAAGUGUCAUAACAAAAAUUGAAAUAUUAAACGAUGAUGCCAAAGUUGUAUCAGUUAUUGAAGACUCCUCUUUAUCAACACUACUAGUAUCUAAUUCUGUAGUUAAUGGUGCUAUUAAAAAACAUCGACUUAUAAAGCCAAUCUCAAAAUGUAAAAGACCAAACUUUCUUCAUCUUCAGAGCACACAACAAGAAUGCAGCAAGACAUUUAAAGAAAUAUCUGACAAAGAAAUGAAAUUAAUGAAACUAAUUAAAUUGCGAGAAAAUAAUUUUGGUAUUCUACAUGAAAAUUUAGAACCUCGUGAAGACAUGUUUGAUAAUGAGAACAUAAAUAGCACAGAUAUUCUGUCAGAAUUUGAGCUUGAAAAUAUUGAUUCAGAAACAUUGCAGCAAUGUCGUUUCUUACUGGAGAUUAUGUAUGAAUUUAUUAAAUUAAAUAUAAUAGUUCAUAGAAACAAACUAUUAUCAAAGUGGUAUGAAACAAAAGAAAUUAUGGCAUAUAUUACAAGAACAGAUGAAUAUUUAGAUUCAGAUAUAUUGAAUCUCUUACUUAAAUCUCCAAAACUUAUUAGAAUUGGAGAUUAUAUCUGUGUUCCACAAGCUUUACAACAAAUGUUUCAAAUAUUUGAACAUGAAGUAACUCAACAAUAUGAAUUAAUAUUGCAAAGUGAAACUAAUGAAUAUAAAGAUACCACACUAACAGAUAAUGAAAAUAUUUUAUAUAAAGAGUGUGUUACUAAUAAUGACAGUGAAACUGAUCAGAAUCUUCAAAAGCUGUCUGGUUUAACAAGUGAUGUUUUUGAAAAUGAUAACAAUAAAGCUAAUCAUUUUUAUCAGAAUGAAAAUACUUACGAGUCAUCUCUAAUUUCUUUGAAUAACUGUUCAACAAAUAAAACAAAAAUAAAUCCAAUAUAUCAAAGUGAGACUAAAUUUGGUUUAAAUCCCAUUAAUGAAUGUCUUGUUGUAAAUAAUUCCAAAGAAAAUGAUGAUUAUGAACAACCAACUUUUUACAAGAAAGAUAAAUACUUUAAUUAUAAUAAUGAUAUAAUCAGCAAAGACAAUUGUACUGAUAUAGUAUAUGAUGAUACAUUACAGCAUAAAACGGUACAUGAAAAUAAUUCACAAAAUUCUAUAAAAAAUUUCUUCUUAGAAAAAAAUAUAACUAAUAAUACAGUAAAAAAUUUAUUUAUUCAAGAUCUCGAACGAUCAACAAAUAAUGAGCUACCUUUGUCACCAACACUCCAAGAUAAGUAUAAAUUACUAGCACAUAAUUAUUUCAUGAUAGUACAAAAUUUUGCUAAACUUUCAAAAGAAAAAACGGACAUGGAAGAUAGUUUUAAGUUAAAACUAGAAAAGAAAGAUUCUAUCAUGAAAGCUGUUAUUGAAGAACGUAAAAUAUUAAUUGAUAGAUUGGAUGCAUACGAAUCUCAUAUUUCUGAAGAAAUAUCAAAUAAAUAUGAAGCAUUAAAUGCGGAUGUAUUAACGUUAAAAUCAAAUAUAAAUAGAUUGAAACAAGAAAAAAAGGAUAAUGAAUACAAUUUUAAACUAUUAAUAGAAGAGAAAAAUACCAUAGAAAAAAUAUUACGAGAAGACAACGUACAAUUACUUAAGACUGUGAAAGAUUAUGAAGCUGAAAUAAAUAAGAAAAAUGAGGAACUAAAUAUUCUUCAAGAUAAUGAUGUAAAGUUAAAAAAAUCCUUUUUGCAAAAAUCAUUAGAAUCCCAAUAUUAUUUCAACAAAAAUAUGUUAAUGAAUGGCAUUGACUAUUGCAAUUUAUCAUUAGACAUCAUAUAUAAAUUGAAUUCUUUGAUUAAACAAUGUACUGGAAUGCAUAUCAUUCCAGAUUAUACUGAAUGGUUGUUAACACUAAACCAGUUCAUGAAAUUAUCUACAGAAUGUGAGGCGGAGUUUUUGAAAUGUAAAUCUUUGUUAGAAUCAAAAACACAAAUUGAAAAACUGGAUGAGAUAAAUAUGAGUUCUAUAAAUCUACCUGUGUAUCCAAAUAAAUCUUUAUCUACAAUUGUCUGCGAUGCUUUCAUGGUAUUAGAUAAACACAUAACAAAAAUUUCACCACAGAAUUUACCUAUGAUUUUACCUUCAUCAUUAUUAUUGCAUCCUUUAUCAAAUUCUCAUUUCCAUCAAUCAAAUUUAGAAGGAUUUUCUAAUGACAAAAUUGUUGAAAAGAGUUCUAAUAUUAACUUGAUUAAGACAAGAGAUAAAUUUAAAGAGCACACAGAGAAUGAUACAGAAAAUAUUUUAAAGAAAUCUGAUUUAAGUGAAGAGAAUAAUGAAGCUGUUCAAUGUCAUUUAGAAUGUAUUGACAAUAAUGAAGUAGGAAAUUCUAUGUUAGAAAAAUAUAUAAAUAAAUAUGAUAAUCACAUUGAUAGAAUCUUAGGAGAUGUUAAUAAUGAAAGAGAACCAGAAAGUGCAGUAAAUAAAAAUUUUCCAAAUGAUAUCGCUAACAAUAAUAUGACACAAACCUGUGACAAUAAUAAAUCAGAAUCAAUUGGUAUACCUAAUAAAACAGACUAUAAAUUAUUAAUAGAACAAGUAGAUUCCAUUGGACAAAAGAAACUGAAUACUGAAGAUAUAAUAAAAGAAAAUAAUAUAAAUAUCGAACGAAACAGCAAAGAAAUCUGGAUCAAUUCUACAAAUAAAUUAAUGAAUAUACUACAGAGCAAAUAUACAGGAAUAUCUGAUCUGUAUCUUUUGGAAAGUUUGAAUGAUCUCCGAAAAUGUAAUAAAGGAGAAUCUCUAACAGAUUUAUGCACUUACAUUAAAACAAAGGAAAAUACAAAAAAUACUACUACUGCUUUAUCUAUACCAAGUAAAAAAGAAGUAAAAAAUAAAACCAAAAAAUUAAUGAAUUCAAAGAAAUCAAAAUCGUUAAAUAAUCUAUCAUGCUCCAUUAUUACAAAGUCAUUAAGACAAAAACAAAAAAACCUGUAUAACUCAUCAUCAUUAUCAUCAUUAAUUACUGUUAAGAAGAAAUUUAUUUGUUCAACAAAAUAUCCAUGGUAUGUAGCUAUUACACAAGAAAUUAAGAAAAAUGACUAUGAAGAAUCCGAUUGCAUUAUAUGUAUGGAUAAUUUACAAUUAACUCAUAAACAGAUUUAUUCAUUAGAAUGUCAACAUAAAUUCCAUAAAAAGUGUAUUAAAGAAUGGUUUCAACAAGAUGAAUCAUGUCCAACAUGUCGUAUUCAUUGCAAGAUUGAUGAAGAAUAUCCUUCUUUACCUUGAAAACAAACAUGCAUUACUACUGUAUAAAAGUAAUUUGACGAAGUAAAUAUACUUAAAUUUAUUUUUAUAAUAAAAAAAUAAAAUAUAUCAGAUUAGAACAAAUAAACCUUAUGAAAUGUUAAUAAAGAAAAGUAUAAAAGUGGUUAUCUUCUAUUUUCUAUGGAUGUAAAUAUAUUUUAUUCUGAAUUUACUUAAUUGUUAAAAAUAUAAUUCCUAUAUAAAGACAUAUAAUAUUGUUAAAACUUGUUUAUAUGAGCUGUGCAAUGCUUAUGAUUAAGUCUUAUUAUUUUGAGUUACCUUU